GGCUGGCUGGCUCUCGGGCGCGCGUGGCAGAGCUCGCCGGCGUGGGAACCCAGCCUUUCCCUCCAGCGCGGGACCUUUCUCUUGACUGACCCCCCCCCGCCCCCAUUUCAGCAAGCACCGAGCAGAAGCGCCCCGAACAGAGAGCCUCAGCCCCCCUCCCUCCCCUUCCACCCCACUGCCGGCUGGAGAGCCCCGCGCCCGAUCCGGGUAAAGGCAUCGGGGAAGCCCACCCCGAGCUCGCCGCCGCUUCUGUUGCCGCCGCCGCUGCCGCGAGGGAGGCGAGCCCGAAGCGCGACCGGCUUCUCCAGUCUCGAGCAUGUCUUGGCUUCUGGCAAAAAUUAACCACCUUCUCUUUUGGGCGAUCUUGGCCGGGAUGGCGUCGGUCUUCCUCUUCCAAGGAGUGCCGGUGCGCAGCGGCGAUGCCACCUUCCCCAAGGCCAUGGACAACGUGACGGUCAGGCAAGGAGAGAGCGCCACCCUCAGAUGCAUUGUGGAUAAUCGAGUGACUCGAGUCGCUUGGCUCAACCGCAGCAGUAUUCUUUAUGCUGGCAAUGACAAGUGGUGUUUGGACCCCCGAGUGGAGCUAAUUGCCAACACCAAAACCCAUUAUGCCAUCCGGAUAAAUGAUGUGGAUGUGUACGACGAGGGACCCUAUACUUGCUCAGUACAGACAGAUAAUCACCCCAAAACAUCACGGGUCCAUCUCAUUGUGCAAGUACCUCCCAAGGUUAUUGAGAUUUCUUCAGACAUCUCAAUCAAUGAAGGUGGCAACAUAAGUCUCACCUGCAUAGCUACAGGCAGGCCAGAUCCAACAAUCACUUGGAGGCACAUUUCACCUAAAGCUUCAGGAUUCAUGAGUGAAGAUGAAUACUUGGAGAUCACAAGCAUCACCCGGGAGCAGUCAGGGGAGUACGAGUGCAGUGCAUCCAAUGAUGUCGCAACUCCUGUUGUGCGGAGAGUAAAAGUCACCGUAAACUACCCACCAUACAUCUCAGACACUAAGAAUACUGGUGUGCCAGUGGGUCAGAAGGGCAUCCUUCAGUGUGAAGCCUCUGCAGUUCCAUCAGCAGAAUUCCAGUGGUAUAAAGAUGACAAACGGCUCCUAGAAGGACAAAAAGGACUGAAAGUGGAAAAUAAGGCCUUCUUCUCCCGUCUUACUUUCUUCAAUGUCUCUGAGCAAGACUAUGGAAAUUACACUUGUGUUGCUUACAACCAACUAGGAAACACUAAUGCUAGCAUUAUUCUCUAUGGCCCUGGAGCAGUGCAUGAUGGGAACAGUGGUGGGUCAAGAAGAGCUGGCUGCAUUUGGCUGCUUCCCUUGCUUCUUUUACACCUCCUGCUCAAGUUUUGACCCUUUCAACGAUGGUGAUGCUAAAAGGAAGGGAGGAAAAAAAAAGGAAGAAUAUUUUAAAAA